GUCCCAUCUGGCACCGCGCGCCUCGUCUGCUCCGCGGCUCAGUUGGCGACACUCGCUCGCGCGCUUGCCUGCCUGCCUGCGACCUGCUCUCGCUCUCUCUCUCUCCUUGAGAAAAUGGCUGCCGUACGCCGCGCUCGCAGUGACUCCCGCUGCGUGGUGCGCUUCUCCGACCGAGAACUCUACUAAAAUUCCCUUCCCGGCUUGUUUAACCGCUCGUAAGAGGAGGGGGUGAAGAAAACUUAAAAACCAGACAUUAUUCAAGGCACAAAAGACGGGGCCCGCGGCUGCCGGUCGUCACCGACGCUCGCGAAGAACCAGCCGAAGAGGCCACUCGCGCCUUGAAACAGCCACAGCGCCCGAGAACGACCGUUGGACGGGCGGCCUGGGGUAGGAACUGCCUCGGCCUCAGCAUGGUAAGGGAGGGGGGCGAUGGCGGCGCGUGACGGGGGCGGGGCACGUCGGGGCGGAACGCGCCUGCCUCCUCCCUGCCCUCCUUUUCGUCCCGUGCGCAGACCCUCCCAGGUGUCAGGGGCCGUCCCGGAUUUGCAGAAGCCAUCCCGGUUUCUGAUUCGAUCCCUGGAUUCUGACUUGAUCCAGCGUUUCCUUACGGCAUCCCUGUUGUCAUCGGGAGAAAUGUUGGAGGGGAAAUUCUUAGUUCUCCCCGGUGAUCCAUCAUGUUUAAAGUCCGGGGCAGAUUAUACUAGCACCGACAUGCAAAAUUAAGCAUAUGACCGCUGUUAUUUUAUGUGUGUCUUUAUGUGCAUAUGUAUGUAUAUGACUAUGCACAUAUAUGUAUAUGAAUCUGCACAUAUAUGUAUAUGAAUGUGCGUGUAUAUAAAUAUGUGUGUAUAUGCAUGUGUGUAUAUGCAUAUACAUAAGUAGAAUUACUGUAUAUACAUACAUACAUACAGGGAGUAGCCUUGAACACCCAGGGCUGUGGAGAAGACUUCAUCACUGCCAACAGCAGCUUCUACUCCUGAGUGGCCUAUGGCAAGAGGAGGCGACUAACCAAAAUAAAAAUAAUAAAAAUAAUAAAUAAAUAUACAAGAGCUACUGAUGCCAUCCAUCCAGUGAGGCCCACAGAACUCGAGGAAGAUUGUAUAUGAAACAAUAGUGGAAACAUUAGCAUUAAGAUAUUUUUAGAAUGUUUGAGCCACUUUGAAAGCACUUUGGUCCCAAACUUUGAAUCUGUUCAUUGGAUGAGUCUAGUUGAAGCCAUCUAUGAUUUUCUUUAACACCUGAUAAUGAGUUAAUAGGUUUGUAUACAGUAUAUGUAUUGAGCACACAGAACCUGGGUGUCAUGCAUUUAUAUCCCAAGUAGCAAGAAUGAGUUAUUUGCUGAGCUGGGUGUGGUGCUGCACAUCAGUUUUGCCAGUAUGAACCUGCUUUUGAGCAGGUUGCAAUUAAGAUUUUUCUGAGUUUUAGGAUCCCACAGUGAAGGAAAACUCAAUCCAGGUAAUAUUCCUGUCAAGAACUAGUGUGAAAAAUCAAAUAGCAAGCCGCCUAAAAUGACUCCUCUUCCCACUGUCUUGAUUCUGUGCUUUCUUGUGAGUGUGGCUGAAGGUUUCUGUGAAAGGAAGUAAGAGACUUUCAUGAGAGGUAGUGGGAGGAUUUUUUAUUUUUCUACCUUCAGCUCUUUGUUGCAGCUGCUACACUAAUUCCAUAUACACAGUCUAUUUUCAUGUGUACUUGUCCAGGCCUUGAUGGUCUUGAUACUGUUGAGGCUUAGUGUUGCUGUUUUUUAAAUGGAUGAAUGACUUAAUUUUGGUUUAUAUAUUAUAUGUAUUUUUUAUUGUUUCAAACUGCCCUAUGUUUUCAUCUGGAGCAAAUGGCGUAUAAGACUGGAACAAAUAAAAUACAGCAUUACUUCAUGCAUGGUCUGAUAAGGUUCUGUAUUUGCAUGCAGGAUUGUACGUCAAGUUACUGUGACUCCGGUGUUUGUUCAUCACUGCUUUAUACAAAUGAGGUGAAUACAAAAUUCUUUACCUAGAAUGCCACAUAGUUAAAUUUACACUUGAAAAGUUCCUGUUUCAGAGCUUAGCUAUAGAUGUCUUAGUUUUAAUAGUAAAUAAUAGUAUUUGUCCACUUACCUUUUCUUCCAAAAGAUAGCUUAUCUUAGGAAACACAUCUUUAAAUGUUUUUUAAACAUUUUUGGUUGUCUUCUGCAAGGCUGUGUAAAAGGUUUUAUGUAUCCUGUUUUAUGUUUUUAUUUAUCUGUUGCAUGAAGAGAUCUCAUUUUAAAAAUAGCUACGGGGUUAUCUUUGAGAAGACAGGUCAGCCAUCGAGCACAAUCUAAAGUUAGUAAACGAUCCCAUUAAUAAACUGUAGCCAAUUAAUAUUCAUCUCAUUAGUAUUAAGCAGUGAUGAACAAACCCCAGAGUUGCAAUGACAUAGAAUCCUGCAUGCAAGUACUUACUAUUAUUAUUUGAUUAAUAAUAUUUAAUAAUUUCAGAGGGUAUACUUUGAGUAUGAAUAGUGACGCAUCUAUAAGAUCUGCUUAAAAAUUCUGUAUGAUUUUAGAUUAGGUGUUUUGUAGGAUAAGAACAAAUUAUGGGACAAUACUAAUUUCAUUAAAAAUGUGACUUUAAGUACUAAUUUCAUGUGAUUUAUUCUCUCAGGCAGAAGGUGAAGAAGAUUGUCACUCUGACAUGGUAAGAGCAGAUGACAAUGAAAGGUCUGGGGAAGCAAAUCUUCAGGUAUGUAUGCUAUUGUAUUUUAGGGCAUGGACUCAUCUGCAUAAUUUUGUUCUUUGGUCUGUGUAUUUUUUGCCCUUUCGUUGGUACACUUGUCCCAAUCUGCACUUAAGAGCCAAUGUAUAUGAAUGCUUUGAACACAUAGGCAAUUUGAUAACGUGCCUCGUUUGUUUCUUUGGACUGAAAAGUUUUAAGGAUUUUAUUGUGCUAUAAUAUUCAUAAAGAUAAGUAAUUCCAGAGGCAGUAGAAGUAAGUUCUAUCUGUGGAUAAGAAAUACUUCACAAUCUGAGGGAGUGCAUUAAUCCAUACAAAAUGCUGUAAUUCCUGGCUUCUUUCUAACUUCCAAGCUUUAAAAUACUGACAUAGUGUAUAUUGGUCACUCUUUGAAGAAUGAGCUAUAGUAAGCUCUUUCUGCAAAUAGACUUUUCCUUUAGGGUAUUAUCUUUUUGUGUAGAUUGAGACAUCUUAGCAUCUUAUUGUGACAUACUUAUCUGAAGGAUUUGAAGAAUGUUGCAACUCUUAGUUUUCUUACAAUAAAUAGGAAAUGGGGCAGCUUAUAAUUUAGCAGCAAUAAUGAUUGAGGAAUUCACUUCAUUUUUCAGCAAGUUAAAUGAUCCAGUGCAAUUACUUUCACCAAAUGAAAAUACCCCAAAAUAGUUCUUCACCAUAUUUGCUCAGAAACUGGCUUGGAAAAUAGUAGAAAUUCAUUGGUGAUUAGGACCUUGCAAUCUUGUUCAGAAAGCACUUGCUGAGGUGGCUUAACUAUAUAAUAAACAGUUUGUUUAGAUGAUUGUCAGAACCCAUUUAUUGGCAUUCCAUGUUUUUGUGAUGUUUCAGUUGCACUGGGUUUGACAAGAUGUACCAGAAUCUAUUUUGCUUGUUUCCAAACUUGCAAAUUUGUCCUGGAAAGGCCUACAGCAAAGUGAUUCUUUCUCACAUAUAGACUCUAAAAUUAGUAGCUAUGAAUACACUAAAACUCAGCAGCAAAAUGUCAGUUACUGACUGGAAGAAAUAAUACCUUCAGAUUUUUUAAAAAAGUAAAAUACCAAGAAUCAUUUGCUUCAUUACGUGGAAGAAAUUAUCUAAAUAUCUUGCACUUGUAGACACGUCUACCCAAAUAUUGGAUUUAGUUUCUGGAUUUCUAGGCAGAGCUCCAGAUGUUCAGAGCACAAUGGAUGUUUGAACUUACCCCAGGGGUGAGCUCUACGGGUUUGGAGGUUCGAUCCUGCAGAACGUCGGCAAGAGGGCCUUCAGUAAAGGCUGUAGAUACCAAAGGAAAGCUGGAACUAGCAAAAGAGGAAAAGGUAAAGAACUUGAGCUUCUUAUCUUCAGUGAGCUAAUGGAAUGCAAUCUCUACGGGCUAAGCACUUAAAAAGCAUGGGCUACUUUUUCUCCUUCUGUUCUUACUGCUGUGCCAUCUCUCCCUACUUUCUCAUUCUGUUUCAUCUUCUGAAUUAACAGAAUAUGGACGUAUUACCCUUAAAGCUGGGUAAUACAGAAAGAUGCUUUAAAAUAUUUAUUUGGAAGAUGUUGCUCAGAGUUCCUAAAAUGCUUGUCUGGGUCCAAGUUAAAAGAAGAAAAGGGACUAGCCAAGUUUAUUGUAGAUAAAUUAGUAAAAUGAUGGGGACAAUUUUUUAUUAGGAUAGAUAAAUUAGCAAGAUAAAAAUGACAAAAAUCCUACUAAUUUAACUUGCAUGUGUAAAUAGGAAGAAUUCAUAACAGAAGGAAGAUGCAUGUCAAAACCGAAAAUGCUGAAGAACUUGAUUCACCUCAAUCACUUUUUUAUAGUAAGCUAGACAGUUUUUCUUCUGAAGGAAAGUGGAAUGACAAUAACUAUCUCCCUUUCCCAUUUCUUUUUUGCUGUGUCUUUUUCAUUCGAUGCUCUAGGAAAUUUUAGAGCAAAUUUUAUUUAUCAAAAAUAACACAAUAUGUUGGAAAAACUUGCUAUUUCACUGAUUUGUGUGUUCUGUUCUUAAUUGCAAGACUUGGCAGAAAUACUGCAGCUGUAAUGUGCUCUGACGACUGUGCUUUCUCUCACAACUGCCUUAGACUUCACUUUUGGAAAUCAUCCCGCAGGUGCUUUCUUGCUUAAUAUGUCACCAAUUUUUGCUCUAGGUGUAGAAUCUACAAGGAGUUACUGUUUUUUCCAGCAGAUGCUAGUCACCAUGAUAGUAUCAAAUCAUAAUUUUAUCUUACUCUUGGAAAAACUGCUGUAAAGAUCCACAGUGGCACAUCCUCUUGUGGUCAUUGUAUUGAGAUAUUUUCAGAUGAGUGGAAUUACUGCCAGUUUCAGAACUACCGUAGAUGGACAAUUUAAUUGUAAAACUGCAAAACAAAUAGUAGAAGUAAAAUGUUAUUGCGAGGUGAUGAAAGUUUAAGGUUAAGAAAAUAACUUCACAAAUACAAUCCAUUUAGUUGGACAAGAAAAACUUCACUUCUGUGUGUCUUAAUUUUAUAUUUAAUGCUGAUAAAACUUGCCAUAUAGUAUGAUUGAGUAGUAAUUUUAUUUGGCUUGCUGGCAAGGGACUCUUAAACAAUUCACUAAUUUUUGUACAGGCAAGAGAACUGUUCCUGAAAGCAGUGGAACAAGAACAAAAUGGGGCUCUUUAUGAAGGUAAUCUAAUAUUUGUGUUUUAAUCUUUAUACAGUAAAUUUCUGGAUCUUAACUGUUGCUUAUGAACUGAAUUCAUAGGCUGCUGUGGGUGAAAACUACUAUUUGUACAAUAAUUGUUGGGAGGAAAUAAUUGUGAACACAGCUAAGAGCUAGGCAGUUUUGUUUUCUCAUCUGCUGAUCAAGAAUCAUGUUGCAAAAGUGAAGGACCACUAACUACAGUUCAGAUAACCAGGGGCCUCCGGUGCCUUGGCUAGAAUAUUGAUUUUGACUUGGGUGAACCAUGUUAAAUGCCCUGCUCAGUCAUUAAUUUAAUUAGGUAGCCUAAGGGUGAGGGAAGAGAUAUCUCAGUACCCUACCUCACAGGGAUGUUGUGAGGAUUAAUAAAUGAUUCUAAAGCCCGAUUCUUUUUAAGAACUUUUAAACUUAACUAACAAUUUCAUUUUAAAGUAUGUAUUGUGAUAUAUAGAACUUGUUGCUCCAUUUUUCUAUUAGCACUGCAUGAGUGAAUUGACAAGUACUCCUUGGCAGAAAAUUAUUAAUUGUCAGGAGCCUAGUUCCUUUACUUGGGAAGGAUUCAGAAUCCAAGAAUGUCUCACCUGUGGUGUGCUAACAUGCCACCAUGAUAUAAAGUACAGUGGUACCUUGGUUUACAAACACUUCGGGUUACAAACACUUCGGAUUACAGACUCCGCUACCCUGGAAGUAGUACCUCAGGUUAAGAACUUUACCUCAGGAUGAGAACAGAAAUCGUGUGACAGUGGCAGCAGGAGGCCCCAUUAGCUAAAGUGGUACCUCAGGUUAAGAACGGUUUCAGGUUAAGAACAGACCUCUGGAACGAAUUAAGUUCGUAACCAGAGGUACCACUGUACAGAAUUUGGUUAUAUUUAGAAACCCAGCAUGUGUUGGUGGCAGAUAGGUGCUAUUGACACUGGUGAACUUUCAUAGCUAAGCAAGCUCUUCUACAUGCAAAUUCACCCUUGAGUGUCUUGAUAUCCAAUUGGUACAACGUAAUAUAUAUACCUGUGGGAAAGCUUCCUGUGCAGAAGGGAUACUGUGCUAAAAAGUCACAUAAAUAUUGGCCUGUGUCUAAAUGGCAUUACUGAUCACAAUGUGACUAGGUACCUUCUAAACAUACUGUUAUGCAGCUUUUGUCAUCUUCAUUUUUGAAUGCUCUUAGGAGGAAGUUUUGGUAAAAACUCUCAAGGAAAUUCUACUGUUUCAUACAGGAAAUUAUUACAUGCUGCCGGUGCCUGAAAACAGCUUCUUGGGGGUCUUUAAAAAGGCUAAAACUAGUGAAAUUUAAAGCUGUUGUACAAGUGAGAUAUUUGGCCAAUAAUCCCAUUUUUUUUGCUGGAAAAAAGUCAAAGUGAUGUCUAAUUUGACUUGAAUAAGAUUUCUCUUAAGGAUCCCUCUCUUCACUUUUAUUGUUCAGUGUGAAACAGAUUUUUACCAGCAGUCUAAUUUGAGAAGUAGUCUUGACAUAUAGAAUAGGCAGCAGUGGGUGGUCUUUUAGGAUCUUGCUAAAUUUAACCUGAACAAAAUAGCAUACUAUUCUAUUUGUUGAGGGUAGUUCUUGUCACUGGUUUUCUGAGGCUUCGAUAUUGAAAAACACAAACUAGCUCCUGUCCCAGUUUCCAUUCUUAUUAAAUCCUAUUUUUAAAAAAGAACCUUAAAAUAGUUGCUUCGCUUUGAAACAUGCUGCUUGUGUGAAUUGCUGUAGCAAGUUAUGCUUUUAUAUAAAAAUGUUCGUACUCAAGAAUGACUUCUAAUGAUCCUGACAUUGAUAUUCCUGUCAAAGAAGAACAUUAGGCUACAACCCUAUGCCCACUUAAGUGUGAGUAAAACUCGUAAAGUUCUACUGUGUCCGGAGUAAAUAUACAUAGAGUUGCACUGUUUGUAUACCCUUUAAAAUACAAUAGAAUAUUGUCUUUGUGCAGUUGGGAUGCACUAAUAUGUAAUAUUGCUAGGACAGGAUAGUUUUAGCCAUAUACCACAUUUUAGAAAUAAAAUAACUUGCCCCAUAUAAUAGAAUUUCAUCCAGUUUCGGUGAUGUGCUAAGACUGUAUUAGGCUGUGCUGCAUUUGCCGCAUAAGACUUUGCAGCUUCACCUAUUUCAACCUCAUCUAUUUUCGUUUCUACACUCCAGGCUGCUAGGUUAGUUCACCUGAGUCUUGUUGGUUCUGUGAUGUUAACCCUUCUUUUCUUUUAAAUAAAAAACUUUAUAAAAUUCUUGUGUGUGAAUAACUUGGUAUUUCUGCAAAAUGAGACAGAAUGAUGAUUGGAGAAAGUGCAUUUCUUACUAGAAGAUGCACUGGAACAAUAAGUACUAUUCUAUAAAAGAGAGAUUGAUAAGAUGCACCUAUACCAUAAACAUAUGGUAGAGUGCCAGUCCUUACAAUACAGUCUCAACACAGAAGGUUAUUGGAAGGGAAGCAUAAUCUUUAAGAGAUGCUCACAAAAUUAAUCUCUCUUAAUUGCUGCAACUCUGGUGAUAUCCAUAGUGCCCUUUUGUAGGACACUCGAUGAGUCAUGACUUGCACACUAUAUCCCCUUUCAUGUAUCAUAUAGCCUCUUUCAUGUUAUAACAACUUUCAUGUAGGGGCCAUUGCAUGCCAGUAGGCCUUUAUAAGCCAGCGUGGUUAGAGUGUUGAGAGACCUGGGUUCAAAACCUCCACUCAUCCAUGAAGUCCACUGGGUGACCUGGGGUCCGUCACAGUCUCACAUCCUAACAUAACUCAUAGGGAUGUUGUGAGACUAAAAUGGAGAGGAGGAGAACCUUGCAACCCAAGUUCCUUGGAUAAGAGGUGGGAUAUAUAUGUAGUAGACAGUACACUACUCUGCCCUAACUUGAUUCCGAAUGUGCCCAUUUCAAAUGAAUGGUCUUAGAGUUUAUCAGAUGGAUUCCAAGGACCUAAGUAUAAAACAAACCAGAUUUUACACCUGUUGCUGAUAGUGGGAGAAUAAUAGGUGGCCUGCAGGCCCUCAAACCCUUCUUCCCAAACUUAGGCUAUCAAGGACUGUGGCAAGGAAGCCACCUGAUAGCAGAAGCCUGAUCAUUCCUUGGUUGUCAUAAGGGAUUAUGGGAAAUGAUAAUGCAAUAUGGAUUGAACUGGGAAGCAUUGGUGAAGUAUGUUUUCUCAUGAUUCCCAAUAGCGUUGGAGGAGUGUGUAGCUUUAACUGCUUAUAUUUUUCUUUCCCCGUCUAGAUUUUGGAAAGGGUGUGGAAGGGUUGUUAUUACUAUUUAUUAAGUUUAUAUACUGUCCUAUACCCACAGGUCUCAGGGCAGUUCACAUUGUAUUGAACCCCCUCCUAAAUUGAGCCCAGGUUUUUAGGGUGGGGUUUGGGGUAGAUUCAAAAUGGACUUGGACAUGGCUAAACUAAAAAAGGUCGUUGUGAACUGCCCCAUUAUAAAAAUCACUUAUGCUGUUACCAUUUAAAAUGAAUAAAUGAAUACAAUACCAGUCCUAGCAUUUACUAAAUAACAUGCUUAAAAAAGUAAUAUAUUUUAUAAAAGUUACUUACAAUAAAUGAAGCUAGAUGCUGUAUUACUCAGUAAGAAUAAUAUGAGAAAGAUGCUAAUGGAGCUACCAUUCUAAGACUGGGAUCCUAACUGAUUGAUCAAGAAAUAAAUUACCUUGAAAUCAAUGGGAUUUGAUAUCAUAGAAUCUAGUGUAACCCCCUGCAAUGCAGGAAUAUUCAGCUUUCCCAUACAGGGACCAACCCUCAAUCUUGGCCUUAUCAGCACCAUGCUUUAACCAAUAAAGCAUAGUUAUAAUCUAGCUGCAUUUGAUCCAUUCCCUUCAUUCAAACAGAAGGUUAAGUGCGAAUAAGAGUACAUAAUUUUCACUGGCAUGUUGAAACAUCCACUAUACUUUUUACAAUCACCCGGGACGCGGGUGGCGCUGUGGGUAAAACCUCAGUGCCUAGGACUUGCCGAUCGCAUGGUCGGCGGUUCGAAUCCCCGCGGCGGGGUGAGCUCCCGUCUUUCGGUCCCAGCUCCUGCCCACCUAGCAGUUCGAAAGCACCCCUAAGUGCAAGUAGAUAAAUAGGUACCGCUUUCUAGCAGGAAGGUAAACGGCGUUUCCGUGUGCUGCGCUGGUGCUGGCUCACCAGAGCAGCUUCAUUACGCUGGCCACGUGACCCGGAAGUGUUCCCGGACAGCGCUGGCCCCUGGCCUCUUAAGUGAGAUGGGCGCACAACCCUAGAGUCGGACACGACUGGCCCGUACGGGCAGGGGUACCUUUACCUUUAAGCAGUCAUAACGUUCCCCAAAGAAUCUUGGGAGCUGUAGUUAAGGGCACUAAGAGUUGCUAGGAAACCCUUAUUCCCUUCAAAGAGCUAGUUUCCAGAGUAAUUUAGGAAUCAGUCCCUCUUCCCAUGACUUUAAAGUGGUGUGAUGCUGCUUUAAAUGUAUAGUGCAGAUUAUUAUUGAAUUUAUGCCCUAGUCUUCCCACGGAGCCCAAGGCUGCAAAGAAAUACACCAUUUAAAAACAAAUGAAUGCACUGUAAAAUAGAUUAAAACAUUCCAAAAAUGAUUACAAUUUUUUUAAAAACCUGAAAUCAGUUGCAGUGAAAAACAUUCUUCCGUUCAGUGAUCUUAGGGUUUCCAGGAACAGUAUUCUUCAGACAGCAAAAGCCUUGUAAACUGGAACGUUUUUAAGUUCCUUCUGCAGGUUAAUAAUGAUGGAGACCGGUACACAUCACUAGAGAGACAUUCAACAACUCAAUAACUACCAUUGAAAAGGAUGUCUUAAUGGGUCAGUACCAACUGGCCAGCCCACCAAGAUAUCACAGGCUAUACAUGAGGCCUAGAUGAAAUUUAUAAAGACUAACCUGUGUUCUCCAGAUGAUGAACACCUGACUCCCAUCAGCCGCAGCUAGAAUGAUCAGUGGCCUGGAAUGAUGGGAGUUGUAGUUCCCUAGGUUCUGGAGCGCCAUAGGUUCUCUGUCCCUGUUCUCACUGGUGGCUCCCAAGUGCUGCUUUGAGGAUAGUCACAAAGGAGAUAGUAACCAACUUGCAUUGAAGAACUGGUGGAUUUAUACAGGUUUCAAGAAACACUGUAUUACCUGAUAUGAGCAAAAAUAGGCCUUGUGGUGAAAAACGCUUUCAGCGUCUAUAUGCUGCUGACACCCAGGCCUGCCUCUACCCUAGAAUCUUCACUCCAUCCAAGCACUGCUUAUGUAUAGAUGCUAUACAUUGGCCAUGGACAUAUUGCAUACCUGCAACUUUUAAGGGGGAAGGCCAACUUAUCUGCCCAUCUUGUAAUGCAUUUCUCUGCAUAAACCAUGUUUCACUUGUUUUGCUUGUUUUCCAAAGACUUAGUUGUUUUUGCAAAGCUGCUACUGCUGUGUUAUAAACUCUCUCCAAACUUCUCGAGUUUGAACAGCGGCUCGUCAUGCUGUUUGGGGACUGUUGUAUAAGAAAUACAAGUCCAAAUCCCUCCUGGACCUGUGGGACUAGUUACAUGGUUCUUGAGCCAGUGUGGUGUAGUGGUUAAGAGCGGUGGACUUGUAAUCUGGUGAACCGGGUUCGCGUCUCCGCUCUUCCACAUGCAGCUGCUGGGUGACCUUGGGCUAGUCACACUUCUCUGAAGUCUCUCAGCCCCACUCACCUCACAGAGUGUUUGUUGUGGGGGAGGAAGGGAAAGGAGAAUGUUAGCUUCUUUGAGACUCCUUCGGGUAGUGAUAAAGCGGGAUAUCAAAUCCCAACUCUUCUUCUUCUUUCCCAUUGAUGUCAGUUAAAAAUGAUAGCUGAACAUGCACUAGUGCAUUAACUAAUAGUGUGAGGUAGCCUUCCCUAGGAAGAUACAGUUGCCAGGGGAAUUGCUUCUCCUCUCUGGUCUCCCAUUUCACCUUAUUCCAGAUCUUGACUGGACCAGAAAAAAUAAGGCCACGUUGCCUAUUCCUGACUGAUAGAAGGCGACAUGCUGACAUUUUAAUCUUUGGUUGAUUAUGACUACUUUCAUAGGUCCUUAGGCAGUUUUAAUGAUUCAGGGGUUCAGCUUUAAGGUCCUGUUUGGUGUAAGAAGUGUAUACAAUCGUACCUUGGUUUUUGAAGAGCUUAGUUCAUGAACAACUUGGAACUCGAACACCGCAAACCUGGAAGUAGGUGUUCCAGUUUGCAAACUUUGCCUCAGAAGUCGAACAUUCGUUGCGGCUUCCGAUUGGCUGCAGGACGCUCCUGCAGCCAAUCGGAAGCCACUUCUUGGUUUUCAAACAUUUCAGAAUUUGAAUCGGCUUCCAGAAUGUGUUCUGUUUGAAAACCAAGGUACGACUGUAUGAAUUUAUUUAGUGUAUGGGAAUAGACUGUCCCCAAGACGUGUUUGUAUUAUACACUGCUUAUUUCAUAGUAAUCAUUCAUGAUAAUGAACUUGGAUUCAUGCAUUUAUUUUACAGAAAUAAAUAUUGAUCUUGGUCAACCUCUCCUACUGCCUCCUGGUAUUUUAUGAGUGCUCGGGAGGGGGGCAACCCUUUGGAGCAGUUUUUCAGCAUUGUUAGAUACAACCUUCUGAGAAAUGUGCUAAUAAGCAUGCUUUUGAUGCAGAUGCUCAGUAAAGUAAGUGCAGUUCAUUUAAGUAUACAUUACUUUUAUUUUUAGCUAUUAAGUUCUAUCGUCUGGCUAUGCAACUGGUCCCAGAUAUUGAGUUUAAGAUCACCUACACCCGAUCUCCAGAUGGUGACAGUAUUGGGAAAAGCUAGUAAGUAUAAUAUAUUUAUUAUUUUGAAAGCUUAAGAUGCUGAUGAGGAAAUAUGCUGAAUAGCUGCAAUUCUAAACACUUAAACCCUAGUCCUAUGCAGUGAGAUGUGCCUAAGUGCUCUGAAAUUAGUAGGUUGAAAUACACCUAACUGCAGAGGUUUAAGCUGUUACUAGAGAGAAUUUCUUAUCAAACUCAGUAAGACAUUUAUAUGUCUGAGUAAACGUGUAAAAUCACUCUGUAAAGUUGCAAGUCUAUGCACAGUUGCUGCUUCCAAGUGCCAUUGAAAUAAAUAUACAGUGAUACCUCGGGUUACAUAUGCUUCAGGUUACAUACGCUUCAGGUUACAGACUCCGCUAACCCAGAAAUAUUACCUCAGGUUAAGAACUUGGCUUCAGGAUGAGAACAGAAAUCAUGCUCCAGCGGCGUGGCGGCAGCAGGAGGCCCUAUUAGCUAAAGUGGUGCUUCAGGUUAAGAACAGUUUCAGGUUAAGAACUGACCUCUAGAACGAAUUAAGUACUUAACCCGAGGUGUUUUGGACACAAUUGGAUCAUUUUAAUCCUUCAUUCUAAAGGAUCUCCAAAGGUGUCAUAUAAUGUAUCCUUAAAUAAAAGUUGCUGUACAGUAAUUAAAUAUCCAACUCAUAUUGCCUGCAAAUAUUUUGAGUGUUGUACUAUAUCUAGAUCCUACUCUGAAGCAAAUAUGAUCCUAUGAUCCUAAGACACAAGUUGCACUUAGUUCAAUAGGACUUAAUAGAUUUAGCUUGUGAGUAAACUAUUAAAGUCACUGGAACCAGCCUCUGAAAAAAUGUGCACGUCAUAUUGUUAUUAAACUUACAAAUAUAUUUUUCAUACAAAUACAACAGCCAUCACCCACAUUUGCACAUAAACCUUGGUUUAUCAGCAUGAGCCUGAGGCUCCUUAUGGCUUGUGCCCAUCACAAAAAUACCAUUGUUUAUUGUAAUACAUGAACAGGGUCAUAGUCUUUUUUUUCUUUUCUUUUUUAAUGCCAAGAGAUAUAAAUUAACUGAAAAUCUGGUGUGUGUGUUUUUAGCCUUCAUUAAUACUGGUUUUCUCUCAGAUGGUAAAAGGUUAGGUUUAGAUCUCAUUUAUUGCUCUUCUGAAGUAUUCUGCAAGGUUGCUGUGCACUAUGCACACUUACCUUAAAUCAAAGUUUAUUUUUAUUUUUGCUUUAUUUAUUAAAUUUGGUAGUCACUUUAUUUUGCUCAAGGCAACUUAUAACCAAACAAACAAUAAACCCGCAUAGUUACAUUGAAACAAAAAUUAGAAGCCAAAUGAUAAGUUGAGAGUCCAAGAGGGCAUAGAAUUCACAAAGAGUUUGUAUUUAUCAUUCUAACAUGUUUUCUGUGAUUUAUCUAGGGUUCAAACUGCACCUGACACAUAGACUUGUGUGAUAUAAUCCAGUGACUCUCUUUAAUAAAGUCAGAAAAAGCACGUAAGGACAGUUGCAUUACAGAAGCAGGGGUGGUAGUUUAUAUGUUCUUUGCGUGCUAUUUCCUGAUCUAACUGAAAUAUCUCUUCCUAUCCCCAAUUUCUAAAUACAUGUUUACAUGCAUCUGUCAAUUCAGGGCAAGAAAACUUCCUGAAAGGGAGCAAUCUUGAUCAAAGAAAUGGCAGGAUAAUCCUCUCUCCCCGUUUUCUGAUCUCAGUUGCUCUUCUGGAAGCAUUUUGUCUGAUUUUUCCAAGAGCUGUACUGAUAAAGAUUACGUGCCUCAAUUUUUUAACGUCCACGGCCGUGACUUUCCACACAUUUCAUUUGUAAGCCUAGUCUGUACAAGGAAUGCAUAUUUGUUAUUUUAUAUGCGAGAAAUCCUGUUUAAGUUUGCACAGUACAACCCUGUGUUUGUUUACUCAAACAUAAAUUUCACCGAGCUUGAUGCAGCUGAAUCCCAAAUAAGUAUGCAAUCUUAAGAGUGAACCCUUAGCUUCAUCUUCUUGGAAGCAUGUUUCACUGAGCUCAAUUGUACUUAUAUCUAAGUAGAUAUGUGUAGGUUUGACCUGUAUCAUCAUAAAGUAGAUUUAUUGCAUUAGCCGAGUGGCCAUAGCAUGGUAUACAUUGAAAUAACAACAUAAAAUGGGGGUGGGGAGGUAGAGGUAGACAUCGUCCUGGGCGAAUACUUAAAGAAAGUGGAAAAAAAAAAAAAUAGCUGCUGAGGCUGGAGGAGGACCGUUGAAGGGUCCUUCAGCUCCUCAGAUUAGUCCUAACUCGAUUGUCCUUGCACAAUAAGGCUACUUGGAACUUCGUUCGGUUGUGCGGCGUAUCGACUGCAUCUGUGGUGUUAAGGAAGAAGUUAGUGCCGCUUUCCUCUUCAUCACACUAAGCAGGAAGUUAGCUGUCAUCUCAGUAAUCCAACAAUCAGAAUCCUGCAAAAAGAGGGACACUAUCCAAGGCUGGAUUGGGAGAUGGAACUUAUUCACGAGGGAGUUAAAAACCGAGAUCUUUCAUCUGUCCAGUUGGGACAGAAGAGCAUUACAUGUUCCAUAGUCUCCAGGGCCGUGUCAUUACAGGAGCAUGUUCUGUUUGCGAUGGGAACUCUGGAAUAACGACCCGACAGAACUGCUGUAGGAAAACAGUUGAGACGGGCACAGGUAAAAGCCCUUCGCUUAGUCUCCGAAGAAAUUGUGAAGCAGUAUAGAGGGAUCCCUUCAGGGGGUGGAAUAGCUAGGGCUAGGCCUGAACACGGUCCUCUUGCACAAGAAGCUGUGUUGGAGAAGUCAAGUUGCUGUAGUUUCUUUUUAAUUAGGGGUAGGGCCACCGGGCUGAUACACUCUAAGUUAAGAACUUGUUAAUUGUAGAGCAAACUUUUUCAGCAGUGGGCCGGUCCAGUGUCCCUCAGACCUUGUGGGGGGCCAGACUAUAUUUUUUUGGGGGGGGAUGAACAAAUUCCUACACCCCACAAAUAACCCAGAGAUGCAUUUUAAAUAAAAGCACACAUUCUACUCAUGUUAAAAAUCCAGGCAGGCCCCACAAAUAACCCAGAGAUGCAUUUUAAAUAAAAGGACACAUUCUACUCAUGUAAAAACAUGCUGAUUCCUGGACCGUCUGUGGGCUGGAUUGAGAAGGCGAUUGGGCCACAUCCAGCCCCCGGGCCUUAUCAUCAUAAUUUCCAGAACUAAGAGCCUGUCUGGAAAUUUACUUACAAAAAUAUAGAAUUGUAUUGGUGAAAAACCCUCAUUUAAAUUGACAAGUAUGAAUAUUGGUGACAGAAACCAAUAAAGGUUGUUUCUAAAACAUGGUGUAAAUAGGAAAGAACAUUACCUUUCAGGAACAAGGCUGCAAUUCUAGAUAUACACACACAUGGAAGUAAAUUAAUUGAAAUUAAUAGGUUCAGCAUAAACAUGGUUAAGGGGCUGUUGUAUGAUAAUCUAAUCUCUUUAUGCUUCCUUCUUCCAGCAUUGAAGAUAAUGAGAAUGAUAGCAAGGUGGCUGACCUUCUGUCCUACUUUCAACAGCAAUUUACUCUUCAGGAAUCAUCCAUCAAACUGUGUCAGCCUGAGCUUGAUAUGAAUCAGACUCAUAUCUCAGGUAAGGGAAGUUUUCAUAUUGAAAUAGUGUGCACAGUAAAAAGGUAGACAUGGGUUUUCAUUUGAGCCUGGUAAACCUCUGUCUGAACUGUCCUUCGUUGUGGUUAUAAUUUGGAAUGCUAUAGGCUUAACACUACAAUUUCCAUGUUAAAAAUACAUAUUUAGUGUCGGAAAUGUGUAAUAAAAAUAGGGACGUGCAGGGAUUAUUAUUAUUUUUUGUUUACAGUUAUUUUUAAUCCUACCUUUUGUUUUUGCGUUUAAUUUCAUAGGCUUCCUGACCCAAGUGAAUGGAGGCCUAUUUGUAAAGGCCAUGAUCUGCUGCUUGUUAGUAGUUGCUGUAAGAACUUACACUGCCAUCUUCUUCUUGCUGGUUUUAAGAAUCAUAUCCCUUUAAAUAACACUCUAAAGACUUCUUGUUUGGUUGUAUUCUUGAUAGUUACUUAUUCUUUCUCCUUGUAUGCUGGUGAUAGCAUGUGAUGUAUCCGACACAGCUGUCAUCAGAAGAAGAGAGUUGACUUUAUAGAUGCUGAAAUUCUUUGUUGCAGGUGAUAGAGGGCUGCAUGCUUCAUGUAAACAUUUUGUUGACAUGCAGAAUCAUUACUUUAACUUGCUUAGUGAUAUAAGCAGUCUCUGGAUAAACAGAUGUUUGGAACUAACACACUGUGCUUAAUGUAGCUAAAGAAAGUUAUGAUAUCUUUAUUAAAAUAGUACAAUUCUAAAUAAACAGUGAAUAAUUCUUAGACACAUCCAAAGAACCACUUAUUUUGGAAGUUGCUAUCUAAAAUAGGCUGGGAGUAAUUAUAUAUAAUUACUAUUUAUCUGUUUUUUCCAAAGUGUUGCCAAUGGAGCUGAUGAUGUAUAUUUUUCGAUGGGUGGUUUCCAGUGAUCUGGACCUGAGGUCUUUAGAACAGUUAUCAUUGGUCUGCAGAGGCUUCUACAUUUGUGCCAGGUACAAACACAACUAUCAUUUAAGAAACCUGUCAUAGUUUGGUAGUCUGUAUUAAAUCGGGGUUGGGUAUUUGGUUAAAAAUAUUUGGUAAAUUGACUGGCCAAAGGAUCAAGUAUUUUUAAACCAUGUGUUUAUUUUAUAGUGUCGCCUCCCUCACACAUAAAUGAAUUCCAGGACAGUAUACAUAGAAAUGGAAAAUGACAGAAACAUUUUAACUUUAUUAAAACAACAAAUAAGAUAUUUUAAUCAUAAACAGAGUUUAUACUUGUGUUAAGUACAAAAACAGACUAAAAACUUACUGUGAAACCAUGAAAUUUACUUCUUUAAAAAUGGUAAUAAUUUGUGCUUGUAAUUGUGCUUGAUUCAUGGAAUAGUUCUUUUUGACUUUUAUCUUGGGAUAAAAAUAGGGGAGGGGGUUAUUGAUUUGUGUUUUCUUGUUCUUGUUUUUGUCAUAUAUUUUGUGUUUUUAUGUUGUGAACCGCCCUGGGAUUUGUGGAUGAGAGGUGCUAUACAAAUUUUAUAAUUAUUAUUAUAAUAAAAAAUAAAGUAAAAUAACAGCAACUAUAAAAAACAAAAGCCAUGUUAUAAAGGUAGUUUUGCUAAGUAUAGAGCAGAUCAGUUCAUUGUCACAUCCAGCUUUCUGCUUCCUGCAACAAACAAAAUGAGAGUAAUAGCAGGUCCUAGAUUGCCACGUAUUUGAGAGGUCUGAAGUUAUAGGACAUGGCCAGCAGGAGAAACUGUGCUGCUAUGCUUGCCCCAGUAUGAAGUAACAGGGAUCACUCUGUUGCCUGCUUCCUCUGUGGUGUGUUACCCUGCUGCCUUCUACCCUGAAGUUCUCCAUCCUUCCUUUUGUCCAUGGGAUUCAGAUCAUUCCCAUUUAAAAGCUCUAGCACUUCCCACCUCCCCACCCCCACCCCAUCAGCAGUUCUUUUCUGCAAUGAACAUGUGAGCCAAAUGACUCCCAAUGACAAUAGUAGCAGCUGCCUAUUCUGACAGCCCAACCAACCAGCAAGAACAUGAACAGAACAACCUUUGAUUUACCGGGGGGGGGGGGGGGGGGACAGGCAGGCUGGCCGGCCGGCCAAUCAGCUCUGUGGUUUAUUUCAAUUAUUCACAGAUUUGUUUUAUGUAUUUGGGGGGCAAACGGGGGGUGGAGCUAAAUAGUGGAAAUCUUGCCUGUCCUUGCAAUGCCUCCUUUGGGGGUGGGGAUGAGGAGGAUCAAAAAAAGGUGGACCACUUCACUGCUUAUGGCAGAAGUGCCUCUUGUGACCAUUAGCCAUUUUUGUGGAUUUCUCUCUCCAGCAUGAACUUGGCUGCUGGCAUUGUUGUUAUUUCUUCUGGAGUGUUCAAGCAUGGUUGGCUCUCCUGCUUUGCGGGUCUAAAGACCUAAGGUGCAUCUGGGGCUGUCCCAUUCUGUCUCCCAUCUAGCUCCCAUUCUGGUUUGUGCUGCAUGGUCCCCAGUACUCAUGAAUCUUACUGCUUCUCGGUUGUCAACUCUUCCCCCACAUCUCGAAAAAACCCACACCACUGCUCUUUUACCUCUGAGCAGGUGAAACGUCCUCAUCACUGCACAAUCCUAUGCAAGUUUACUCAGAAGUAAGUCCCACAGUGUUCUUUGAGGCUUAUUCCUGGGUAAUGUGUGUAGGGUUCAUUUUUCCAAACUUUAGUCUAACAGUUUUGUUACUGUGGGGGAAAAUACAGGUCUAUAAAUUUAAACUGUAGCAUAAAUGCCAUUCAUAAAUAGUCUCUUCUCAUCACAGCCAAAUACAUUCUUCCUUGUAUUUUCAAAUUCCUUGUGUUUUCUUAUGUCUGUGCUUUUCUUUUACUAGGGACCCUGAAAUCUGGCGUCAGGCUUGUUUGAAGGUUUGGGGCAGGACCUGUAACAAAUUGGUUCCUUAUACCUCAUGGAGGGAAAUGUUUUUGGAAAGACCUAGAGUUCGAUUUGAUGGUAAGGCAAUCAUUAACCAAGAAAAUCAGCACUUAAGACAAUUGCAGCAGCAUUUUCUCUCUUAUUUAAAUAUAUCCCAAUGUAAUAUGUUAACUGGUCAGUUACUGAUAGGUGAAGUGUUUGAGUGUUAGUUCGCCCAGGGGUUAAAUGACUGGUAAAACUGAAGUGGUUGAGUUGGUGGGACUAUAUCACAUGCUUGAUGCAUUGACCUCAUGCCACUAGAUUAACCACAACUGUGUUGCAAUGGAUAGGACUGCAGCAUGUAAAUUAAUAAGAGAAAGAUGAGGAUCACUAUGUGACCUCUAUAUUAGAGAUCCAAUGGAUUUCAAAGAGGUUUUUAGAUGGAAUAAUAUAAUUGGAAGUUUAAAAAAUUAUCACUUUAUAAGCGUGAAUCAUUUAAGAACUCAGUGGGUCAUUGUUCAUAAAUUUAUAUAUCUCUUUUUUUACUUCCUAUUCCAUAGGCGUAUACAUCAGCAAGACAACAUACAUACGUCAAGGAGAACAGUCUCUUGAUGGCUUCUAUAGGGCAUGGCACCAAGUGGACUAUUACAGGUACUACUACUUCUUCAUGCAGUUCAGCUUGGUUAUUCUUAAUAGUGAUAACUGCAGCAGAUAAGACCCUAACUUGACAAAUAAUGCUCAUGUAUAAUUUUGUAAGGAUUAAGGUUUUAAUUUCUAAAUCAUAGUUCUAUUUUCAGUUGGAAACCACUGAAAAUCACUUGGACUCAGUAUUUCACAUUGUGAACCCUUCCAUGUUUCUCAAACUAUGAGCAUACAGAGCAUUAACUGCUCUUGGAUAUGACACCCCAGUGCUAAAUCUUCACACUGAUAUCUCUGCUUGUGCUGCUGGUAUAGCUCCAGUAGCACCACUGAAUCUCUGUGAUUGUGAAAUUAUGGGGACCUAUGCUGUUCUGUUGCAUUCUCUCACCAAGAUCCAAAACACUGUGUGGUGAGCCUCUUUCUGGUCUCAAGACUCCCACAUCCCCAAACAUGGAACAUUUGGGAGCAGUCUGUCUUUACAUAAGAAACUAUUUGAAAUAGUUCUGGUGGUCAGAACUAAAUAGUCAGACAAGUUCUGGUGGUCCUGCACAGACAUUUGUAUGCAGGUACAAGCCGAUUGCAGCAUAAUCACCUGUUUUCAAGUAGGAAAAAUGUAAACAUAUAUGGGAACUUGGUUUAAGUUGUAUUUCUUUGUUUUGUUUUCAAAUUUAUGUGAUUUUACAGAAGCAAAAUCAUCCUUCCCAGGUUAAUGUUGCUUAAUUUUGUAGGUACAUGAGAUUCUUCCCAGAUGGCCAAGUAAUGAUGCUAACAACUCCGGAAGAACCUCAGUCUAUUGUUCCUCGUUUACGAACUAAAAACACAAGGUGUGUUAAGUUUAUGUAUCAGAGAAUUUUAUUUGUCAAGCAUUGAAAGGAUUGGCACCUUGUCUUUUAAUUAAGGGGGAUGUCAGGAUUUAAAGUAAGGUGAGAGCACUAAAAUACUGUACCAUUAACAUUCAGGAGCAAACUAAAAUACAAAUUAAGUGGCUUGAGAGUUGCAGCCCCAAGUUGUCACUUAAAGAGAGGAAAGCAGUAUCUGUGAAGUAUUGUCAGCUCUUUGAGAAGUAUAUUUUAAUGGAGUCUUUUCCUUCUAAACCUUAGAACGGAUGCAAUCCUGCUUGGCCAUUAUCGCCUUUCCCAGGAUACGGACAAUCAAACCAAAGUAUUUGCUGUAAUGACAAAGAAGAAGGAAGAGGUACAUAUGAAACAAAAUGCUAGAGGACUGAGACAUUGGUUAAGAUAGCAAGAAAGCAGUAAAUGCUUUCUUGAACACAAUUUCUUAAUAGAAAAGAAGCUAUCAGCCUUGUUCCCAGCGUUGCUUAGAAAUUCCAAGACACACAAAAAAAUCAGUGCACUUUUGAUAGAAUCGGCCUACCAUUUUGAUUCAAAAUGUUGUCAAACUUUAUCGAAACAUAGACAAAAACCUGCUUCUUAAUCUCAAGAACCAUUAUGUGAAAUUCGGUUACAGUAUCUUAAGAGGUAUCAAGAUGCAUAGAGAACAGAUAGACAAACAACUUUUCAAAAUAAAUAGAAGAUACAUACACCUCCAAAGUACUUCCACAAAGGCCCUCAAUUUCCUUUUUAAAACCCAUAAAUUUAGUUUUUUGUUUUGUUAUUGCCAUGCUAGGCUGCCUUCUGGUAUCACCUAAUUUACCAGUUACUUAAAAUGCCAUUUAAAUGUAGACAGAGUUAACAACAAUUUGUAAUCUCUUUUGAGGGAGAUAAAUGAAGGGGGUUGGGCAAAUACAUGGUUUCUGCACAUGCCUUUAGAUUAUGCCUCAUUUGUGAUCUCUCUCCUGCUGCUCUGAACCAAAUAAUUGAUGAUUGUUAGCUGCGGGUUUAGGGGGAGGAAUGUGGGCUUAUGGGCAAGAAAUAGUAGAACAUCAGAAUUUUAGUGGGCAGGGAGAGAGAGAAAGUAGACAAGGGUCAGUUGAAGUCAAGGGAUAGAAAUUCAGGUGGAGGUAAGACUUUACGGGAGGUAAGCUGAAGGCAGCAGAGGUGUCGAGAAGGACCUUGUUUCCUCUGUUUGUCUUCCAGUAAUUUUUUUGCAGGCCUCCACUGCUAUGUUUUUAAUAGGAGCUUUCUACUGUAAGUCUGGUUUUUAGAUAUUUUGAUCUUUAUAAGCCGUUUAAAUAUAAAGAGCAUCCAUUUUUCUGUAAAAUAAACUCAAACUGCUUAGGUGAUGAUUUUUCACCCAGAAAGCCUUCUGUUGCUUACAGUUUCUCAGUUCUGACCAUCCUGUUGUGAUUGUUUUAUGAUAAUGAUAGGUUAUCAUAUAUAGAACCUACGUAUUUUCACAAAUGGGAAUAUACAGGCAGUGUCAUUUAUUCGGCAGCCUUAACUCUGAUUUUCAGCUUUGGCAACUAUCUUUACUGUUACAUAUUCUCGACAGCACUAUAUUGUUUCUGUUUCCAUGUAGAAACCAAUUGACUACCACAAGUACAGAUAUUUCUGUCGUGUCCCUGUGCAAGAAACUGACCACAGCUUUCAUGUAGGGCUACAGCUGUGUUCCAGUGGCCGCCAGAGAUUCAACAAGCUUGUUUGGAUUCAUCACUCUUGUCACAUUACUUACAAGUAAGUUUUUGGAUUAAAAAAGGGAGAGAGGAAAGAAUACUGUUUGGUUGGGAUUAAUGACAGAGAGUGGUCAGUCCUUCUGUCCCCUUCCUCAUGUUUGGUGCCUGGAGGAGGUGAGGAUGCAGUGCCCCUCCAUCAGCCUCUACCAGUGGGGAAGAGUGGUGAUGGUGGGGGCUUUGCCAUGGUGGGGGCCCCUAGGGAUGGUCCUGGAGCAGUCUGUGGGACGGGGCGGAAUGCUAAAAAUUGCCUUUACGCCCAUUCCACUGAUGGAUGCAUUAGCGAAAGAAAAACAAUUGGAUUUCCUCCACUACAAGAAUUUGUAAAUAGAUGAGGCUUGGUACAGUCAACUCAGUCCUUAAGAUAGAUGGGGAAGAUGCUUUGCUUGUGUUGUCCUGCAUUAAUCCAUGGUUCAGGAAUGCACAACAGGGGCAUCUUGGUAGUGGCACCUGGUUUUGGAGAUGCCAUUCCCUUGAAGAUAAAUUUGUUCUCACUAUAUACAGUAUUCAGAUGUCAGCUGAAGAUAAUGUUUGCUUCCCCAGGCUUUUACAAAUUGAGAUUAGAUCAUUUUAAUACUUAACAGUUACAGGGUUUUGUUUUCUUUUUUGUAAAUUUUAAUGGUUCAAAUAAUUAUUUGCUUUAUGAGGUGGCAUUACUCAGCACCUCGUGAGAUUACUGGAAUUCUUAUUCCAUUUUUUCCCCUGGCAUUUACAAGGUGUUGGCCCACAUGGCUUUCAGAUCCAUUUUUGUAACCAUAAGCUGCAGCCAUAAGUUACAGAAACUAAUAAAAUAAAAUGAAAUCUUAAGAUUUUGGGGAAGCUGAAUUUUGUCUUCAGUACCAUUUUCUGCAAUAUUGCAGCACCGGUCUAAUGUGUUUCUGUAAUAUCUUUUAUAGGUCUACUGGUGAAACAGCAGUCUCUUCUUUUGACAUCGACAAGAUGUACACCCCUUUGUUCUUUGCACGAGUGAAGAGCUUUACUGCAUUUUCAGAAAGACCUCUCUAAGAAGGUUACAUCUCUUACUCUUGCAUGAAAAAUUACAGCAAACAACACUUAAGUUAUAAAUGUGUGUAUAUAUAUACAUAUAUAUAUAUAUGAAUUUUAUUUUAAAAAAUGGGGGAUCUUUUUGAAAGAUAUAUACUGGAAAUAAUUUGAUUUAGGGUGGCAGGGUUAUUUUAUUGGUUCUGAAGUCAAGUUUACACAUUAUUUUAAACUUGUUUAUGUUGUGAAAAGACUUUGAUAACAUAAAAGGCAUUUUUGCCAUGUCAUUUUAUGAGCAAAUUUAUAAGCUGUUCUCUUUCCAGCGUAAGGCUUCAUCUGCCUAUGCACCUUAAGUUCAGGAAUCGUUCUAAACCUACUGCUGUACAUAAGACAUGGUGUGCGUGCAUUGGGGGAAGGCUCAAAAUGUGAAGAAAUUGUCCUACAUCUGUGUGUGGCCUACACAAAUGUAAAAUAAAUGUUUACUUUGAAAUACAUGUAUUUGGGUUGCCUUUCAAGAAGAGACAUUGACUUUGCUGUAAGCUGAAGCCUUACAAAAAAAAAUUAAGCAAGGGAAGCAAAGUCGGAAGUUCAGCUUCAGUUGUUGCUAUCUGUUUUGGCAUCACAUUGUUUCAACAACUAGUAGUUAUUGCAUUGCAAGGGGUAGAAGAUGAGCGAGAAGUCACAUUGGGGAACUGGCUGCCUCUCUCUUCUUCUUGAUCCAGGAAAGGAUUUCAAGAAAGCAAUUUGGAGCACUGAACUUGAAAGUUCAUUGUUUGAAUUAUGUUAUGCAAAUGAGAAUAGGGCUGUACUCAAGUAUGUUUGUCUUUUCUUUGUUUAAUCCUUCACCUAACUGCUAAGAAUACUGCACACCCCUAGGGUGUUUUGUCACACUAAACUGAUUUUUUUGCUUUUGGGGACUCCUACAGAUGUUCAGGUACUGUGUGCUGCUUCUCCUGCGUAUGUACUUUGGGAGUUGAAUGCAACUGCUGUAUGACGCUUAUCAUAAAUAUGUACUUACAAACAUAAAACUAAAGUUUCUAAAUGUUUUUCUUC